UACUGGGAGAAAACUGAUACCACAGAGAGAGAAUCAAACCAAAGCCCAGCACUCAUCUCUCUCCCUUCCCUCCACACACAUGGAUACAUAACUGUGUGACUCCGGAUUACAUUCCCAUGCCCCGUGUGUACUAGUAGGAAGAGACGUGCUUUACCUUCUGCGCUAUGGCAAGGUGGAUUCUAAGGUGGGAUUGCUGGAAAGUGUCCUUAGUGCUCCUGAUCCUGCAGGGAUACCACUCAGUGAGAACAGAAUCUCCGGUUGACGUCUUAAAAGCUCUGGAACUCAAUGAAGAAAUUGAAGGAGUUGCGUUAGCAGCUGGACUUUGUACGCAGAGGCAAGGAAUUGAGGAGACGGACAUCGCUUUCCAAUUGGAGAACAGAACUCACUUUAGUGCCCCAACCAAACAGUUAUACCCAGAUAACCCAUUCCCAGAAGAUUUCUCCAUUCUUAUCACUCUCAAAGUAAAAAAGGGAGCACAGUUCUUCCUACUCUCCAUUUACAAUGAAAAGGGUGUGCAGCAACUGGGUGUGGAGAUUGGGCGCUCCCCCGUCUUUGUGUAUGAAGAUCAACAUGGACAUCCAACUCCUGAAAACUACCCUUUUUUUAAGAAGAUCAACCUGGCCGAUGGCAAGUGGCAUCGGAUUGCACUAAGCGUUGAAGGAAAAAAUGUGACCAUGCUACUUGAUUGUGAGAAGAGACAGACCCAUUUCCUGGACCGAGGGGACAAUCCCAUCAUUAGCACAGAUGGCGUUACCCUCUUUGGGACACGACUACUUGACGAGGAGGUGUUUGAGGGCGACAUCCAACAGCUGCUGAUCGUUGAUGACCCCAGAGCAGCCUAUGAUUAUUGCAGUACUUACAUGCCCAGCUGUGACGCUGCCCUCAUCUACGCCGUACAAGCUCAGGACCCACAAUUCCCUGACCAGAGUGUCCAGGAAUCUGCCCCUGGAAAAAAGGGCAGGAAAGGUAAAAAGAAGGAUAGAAAGGGCAAAAAGAAGAAGAAAAAAUCUGUAGCUGAGCAGACACAGCCAAUGCCCAGUACUGUCAUUAGCCCAACACAAGGAUAUACUACCUCAUCCAUACCGCAGACGGUCACUCACCACGUGGUAACCGUACCCCUGGAAAAAAGGGAACGUCCUACAGAUGACCCACUGUUCUCAGAAUACGACUUCCCUGACUACUACUACACACCAUCCCCUGAAGAAGAGAUUAUAAUGUCAACUGUGAAUGUUAGCACCAAUGCCACAGACUAUGAGGAGCUGAUCGAAGAGUAUGUACCUGGAGAAGAAGAUGGCCGAAAAGAUGAUGACUAUGAGAUGAGGGAGUACGAUGAUGAGGAUGAUGAGGAGAGGCGGGAGAGGUAUGGCCCUGUAGCGCGUGGAGAGGUGGACACCAAAAGGGCAGGAUCUGAGGAAGGUCAGAGUCUAAAGGGAGAGAAAGGAGAACCAGCUAUAAUAGAACCGGGCACACAGAUCGAGGGCCCAUCAGGAUACCCUGGAUAUUCCGGGGAACCAGGAUCAGCCGGACCUCUGGGCCCCCCUGGACCACCUGGAGACCCUGGUGAGAGGGGUCCUCCAGGGCGACCUGGCCUCAAUGGAGCUGACGGAAUCCUAGGGCCACCUGGGAACACAGUGAUGCUGCCUUUCCAGUAUGGCGGUGGUGAUGGCAGAGGACAGACGGUGUCAUUUCAGGAAGCACAGGCGCAGUCCAUCCUGCAGCAAGCCAAGAUGGCUAUGAAAGGUCCACCUGGGCCACUAGGGAUGACGGGACGGUCAGGUCCUCUUGGUGCUCCUGGUUCACAAGGUCUGAAGGGUGAUUUCGGGGAAUCAGGACCUCCGGGCCCACGUGGUUUUCAAGGCAUCAUUGGACCCCCUGGAAAGAUUGGUAAAAGAGGGCGCGGAGGAGCAGAUGGCGGCCGUGGUUUACCUGGGGAAACUGGAAUCAAGGGUGAUCGUGGAUUUGAUGGCUUGCCGGGACUUCCAGGCGACAAGGGACACAGGGGAGACCUGGGAAAUCAGGGGCCUCCUGGUCAAACUGGAAGUAAUGGUGAAAAGGGUUCUGAUGGACCAUCUGGACCGGCCGGUUCCCCUGGAGAGGCAGGUGCACGUGGCUUGGUGGGUCCCCGGGGGCCUCCCGGCCCACCUGGGCAACAAGGUGUGAGUGGUAUUGAUGGAGCUCCAGGAGCAAAGGGAAAUCAAGGUAUUCAAGGAGAGAGUGGGCCAAAUGGACAGCAGGGAAACCCGGGACCUCAUGGUUUACCAGGAUCUCAGGGUCCUAUCGGAAUGCCAGGAGAGAAGGGUCCGCCAGGAAAGCAGGGCAUAUCAGGUCUGGCCGGAUCGGAAGGGCCUCCGGGACAUCCCGGAAGAGAAGGACCUGCUGGGGAAAAGGGGAUUCAAGGUCUUCCUGGCUCUCCAGGUCCUAUUGGAUAUCCAGGAACUCGCGGUGUUAAGGGAGCAUUCGGUGUGAGAGGGGUAAAGGGAAGCAAAGGAGAGAAGGGAGAAGAUGGAUUCCCUGGCUUCAAGGGAGAUGUUGGGAUCAAAGGAGACAGAGGGGAUCCCGGAGUUCUUGGAGUGCGUGGAGAGGAUGGUCCCGAAGGGCCAAAGGGCCAAUCUGGGCCCUUGGGAGAGCUUGGCGGAUUGGGCAAUCCUGGAGAAAAGGGAAAGUUGGGAGUUCCAGGUCUACCCGGAUAUCCUGGCCGUCAAGGUGGAAAAGGCUCAACAGGAUUCACUGGUCCAAUUGGUUUGAUUGGUGAAAAAGGCAAGCGGGGAAGAGGCGGGCAGCCUGGAACAGCCGGGCAGCGGGGACCCUCGGGCACAAGAGGAGAAAGAGGUCAGAGAGGCCCAACUGGAAAACCAGGGCUAAAGGGAGACGCUGGCCAUGAUGGUGUAGCAGGAGCUAUUGGUGAGAAGGGACCAAUGGGGCCUAUCGGACCAGUCGGCUUUGCAGGACCUAAAGGACCAAAUGGUCCUUCGGGGAAAGACGGCUUACCUGGACAUGCCGGCCAGCGAGGAGAGCCAGGUUUUCAAGGCAAAACAGGUCUUCCGGGGCCAGCUGGAGUUGUGGGACCACAGGGCAAUUCUGGGGAAACAGGCCCUAUGGGAGAGCGGGGUCAUCCAGGAUCACCGGGAUCACCAGGGGAACACGGAUUGCCUGGGGCAGCUGGGCGAGAAGGUGCCAAGGGUGAUCCUGGUCCUUCCGGCAUUCCCGGUAAAGCCGGGCCUCAGGGCUUACGAGGAUUUCCCGGAGCAAGGGGUAUUGGUGGGGAAGGGGGUCCUGCUGGUUUGAAAGGAGGAGAAGGUCCAGUUGGUUUGCCAGGUUCUACGGGUCCACCAGGAGAGAGGGGUCCUUCCGGAGCGGCUGGGGGAAUUGGCCUUCCAGGACGUCCUGGGGCACAGGGACCCCCGGGGCCAAGUGGCGAGAAGGGGAAUCCAGGUGAGAAAGGACCUGUGGGAGGAGCUGGCCAGGAUGGCUCUCAGGGAAGCCUUGGACCUCCUGGACCUGCUGGUCCCCCAGGGCCAGCCGGGGAUGAUGGAGAUAAGGGAGAAGUUGGCGGGCCUGGACAGAAAGGAAGCAAAGGAGACAAGGGAGAAUCAGGACCCCCAGGAUCUACUGGUAUCCAAGGUCCAAUAGGGCACCCUGGACAAGCAGGUCAAGAUGGAGAACCUGGGCGUAGAGGUCAACCGGGAAUGCAAGGGCAAAAGGGAGAUGAAGGUCACAGAGGUGUUCCUGGUGUAACUGGUCCAAGAGGGUUGCAGGGUAUGCCUGGACCUCCUGGAGAGAAGGGGGAGAGUGGAUAUGUUGGACCAAUGGGUCCCCCUGGAACAGUAGGCCCUAGAGGUCCCAUGGGUCCCAAUGGUGGUGAUGGACCCCAAGGAAAUCCAGGUGGCGUGGGGCAGCCGGGAGCUGUGGGAGAAAAGGGAGAAGCUGGGGAGGGCGGAGAUCCAGGCCAACCAGGAGAAUCAGGUCCCCCGGGAAGCAAAGGUGAUGGUGGUGAGAAGGGGGAAUCUGGAUCCUCUGGUGCAGCUGGUACACCUGGUAAAAAGGGACGUCCAGGAGAAGAUGGACCCAAAGGAAAUCCGGGACCUAUUGGUUUUCCGGGAGACGCUGGACCACGAGGAGAGGCUGGUGCACCGGGAGUUGAUGGAAUACCUGGAGCGAAAGGGGAUUCUGGGGAAAGUGGCAAUCCUGGACCUGCUGGACCCUCGGGAGAACCUGGACCACCUGGUCCACCUGGGAGAAGGGGCCAAUUGGGGCAAGCAGGCAAAGAAGGUCGGCAGGGUGAAAAAGGAGCAAAGGGGGAGCCUGGAACUGAAGGAUUCAUAGGAAAGACAGGGCCAGUGGGACCACAAGGAUCACCUGGGAAACAUGGUUCUCAGGGUCUCAGGGGCAUUCCAGGACCUGCUGGGGAACCAGGACUUCUUGGGCCACCUGGUCAGACAGGACCUCCUGGGCCUAUGGGCCCUGCCGGACUACCUGGCCUUAAAGGUGAUCCUGGAUUUAAGGGGGAUAAGGGCCAUGCUGGACUUAUUGGCUUAAUCGGACCUCCAGGAGAGAUGGGAGAGAAAGGAGAUAGAGGGCCAGCCGGAAUCCAAGGUGUACAAGGACCUAAGGGAGACAGUGGCAUGGCGGGACCAUUAGGAACAAAUGGACCACCUGGACCCAGCGGCCUAUCGGGUCCUGCAGGGCAAAAAGGAUCAAAAGGUAACACGGGGGGAAUCGGAAUUAGAGGAGAUACAGGACCAGCAGGACCUCCUGGGCCACCGGGUCGCCCAGCUCAAAUGGUAGAGCCUAACCCAUACAACACAUUUGAACCAACCAGGAAAAGGCGCCGAUACUCUGACGGUCUACAAGCUGAUGAAGCAUCACCUGAUUAUAUGGCAGAUGGAAUGGAAGAAGUUUAUGCCACACUAGGGUCUCUUAAAGUGGAGGUGGAUCAGAUGAGAUGGCCUGUGGGGUCCAAAGACAGCCCAGGAAGAUCAUGUAAAGAACUCCAACUGUGUCACCCCACUUACAAAGAUGGAGACUACUGGAUCGAUCCAAACCAGGGCUGUAACAGAGAUGCCUUCAAAGUCUUCUGCAAUUUUACAGCUGGUGGGGAAACCUGUCUAUUCCCAGACAAAAAGUUUGAGUCGGUUAAAGUUGCAGCGUGGAACAAAGAAGCCCCAGGAGAUUGGUACAGCUCUUUUAAAAGAGGAAAGAAGUUCCAGUACAUUGACGCCGAUGGUAACCCCGUCCACGUGGUGCAGAUGACAUUUUUGAAACUGCUGAGUGCUGUAGGCCGGCAGAACUUCACCUAUAAUUGCCAGCAGUCAUUGGCUUGGUAUGAUUUGUCAAAAGGAAACCACGACCGGUCGAUAAAGUUCCGAGCAGACAAUGAGGAAGUUCUCUCCUACAGCCGUACACCCGAACUAAAGGCAUUAUAUGAUGGGUGUGAACUUCGAAAGGGUGUAGAACGAACGGUGCUUGAGAUCAACACCUACAAGGUGGAACAUCUACCCCUCAGGGACCUAGCCGUCAGCGACUUUGGAGACAGCAACCAGAAGUUUGGGUUUGAGCUGGGGCCAAUCUGCUUUAAUGGCUAGAGAAACACUUAAAUAAAAGACUCCUAAAUCAUCUUGCUAUUCAAGAAAACAAAAAGAACUUGAGUUUCAUGGUUUAACGGACUAAGCAACUUCCACUGGUCAUCAUUGGCAAAGAUUUAUUUACGUUUUUUUUUGUUAUAAAUAUUUUUUAUUUUUACUUUUUUUUUUUUUGUCUACUGCAGGGGAUUUUUGAUUUGUGUUUCCAAUGAGUGCCCACCCUUGUAGGGUUUCAUUAGGGGAUAAUUAUGGCACUGGAGAUCUCGCUUGUCCGGUGUACAUGUCACCGUCUCUAAAGUGGAAAAGGUCUGAGGUAUGAUGGUCUUUAUGCAGUUGCUAAGAAAGCUGUGGUCGUCUCUGGUGUGUGUGGUUAGAUCUACUCAUUACACAGGAUUCUCUGUCCCCGAAAUUGGAAGCACUCCUGAUUUUGCACUGGAGCAUAACUGUCCAAUCAGGAUGUUUCUUUUGGUGCCCCACUCAUGGGAUUUGCUGAAACAAAGUGCUCUGAUUGGCUUAAGCCAUCCUCAGCCAUACACUGAACAUUGCCUCCCCCUUACUCUGAUUGUAAAAAUGUUAUAUUUGAAUGUUAAACACUCAUUAUGUAUCUGCAAACCAAGACCCUCGAUUUGCAAAGGUAUAAUAAGUUAGUGACACCUACCUCAAAUAAAAGAGAUUGUCUUGUAUUGAGACUCUCGGUUAUCAGUGGAGAGAAUAGUGUCACUAACUACACUGAUAUAAGUGUACUGUAUAUUGUAUGUGUAUAGAUUUUCAAAUUCCCUAUUAAUCUUGAAAAUGGGCUCUAUAAAAGUAAAGGACAAAUUAAAUUAUAUUUAUCCAUUUAACACCUCUUAAAUCUUCCUAGCAUCCAUCAUUAUGUUCUAUAAUGUUACGUACCAUUUUAAUGUUCCUAAUAGUCUUUCAUCCCUCUGGAAAGCCACGUAUUGCCCUAAUUAUCCCCCACAAUAUAAUUGCUCCUCAUAAAUUCUCCAAUGACUUCAGAGUAUUUCACAGCAGACUAAUAUACAGACGCAUUUAUAGUAUGGGUGUGGUAUGUUAGGUAGAUUAGACUUAGGUUGACAGUGUCUAGGUAGACCACUAUUGGUUGACGUGGUUUCUAGUUAGUGCACAGUGUCCCUUGCAUCUUCGGGCAAGGUGCCUCGCUCCGCUACAGCUGCGCUUGGCACAGGUUACCGUUCCCAAUUGUCCACGUGGAUCUUAAAGUAUGAAAAAGUUGAAAAAAAUGUUUUUUUUUUUAAAAAACUCACGUUGACCUUUUGUCGUGUCGACCUAGAACAUGUCGACCUUGAGUCCCUGUCAACCUAGAAACCAUGUCGACCAAUAGUGGUCGACCUAGACAGUGUCAACCUACUUACUGUCUACCUAAAGACCGGAUCCCUAUAGUAUAGCCAUUAGCUAUCUCAGCAGCUGAACAUCUCAAUGCCUCAACCAAUUUCUACCCAAAAACUAUUUUAUGAGCUUAAUAUCUAGAUAGAACCAUGUCCCUUCAGAUUUUUAACCCAUAACUUAGUUUUACAGGUGUGAAUAAAAGUACUAAAGGGGUGCCAGCUGAUAGAAGAUUGAAGUAUCAUUUCAUCCCUGGAUCGAAGGGUCUUUGGGAAGUUCUAAAGGAGCAGUUUAGCAACCCAACCUCAAAAGUCAAUAAAAAAACAACAACAUAAUUCUAAUUAAGAUAAAUGCAAAACCGUCCAAAGAGUAAGUGAGGAGAAGAGUAGGUGUUUGUCCAUCUAAUAUUAUAUGUAUUAAAAUUGCAUGUAUUUUACGCAUCUGUUUGAUUUGAUUAUUAUAAGUAUGAUUAUGAAACCUAUGGAAAUUGUCACCAUAUAUACAUAACACACUACUGAUAGAGGGCUCGGAGCAGCCAUCUUGUGGCUCUGGAUUGGAGUUGAUUGAUAGGCCACAUUCCUGUGAAUAUUCUCUAAGCCUCACAAAAUGGCUGCCGACACAGUGUUUUGCUAUCAGCACACUGUCAUUGAAUACAAUUAUGAAGCAGGGUGUGAGCAAAUGCAAUAUGUGUAACAAAUGGAGACACAGAACUGUGGAUGAGGAAGAAACUGCUGCCUAGUUUAUGUCCCCAGCAACGGUGCUCUUAUAUAAAACAGAAGUCUGGCUUUAUGUAUAGGAAAACUACGUCUAAAAUGUUCAUUGACCUUGUAGGGAAACACUUAGAAAAGAAUGAAUAACUGCAGAUGCCAAUAUUCAAUGGCUAAGAGUUUCGCACCUCACCCUCCUGGAAACGUGAAGAUAUACCUGUUGCUCAGAGAAGCAAUGGUUUCCCUCCAAAUCAAAAACAGAUAUAUUUUACGAUUUCUAAUCAAGUUUACCUAUAUUAUUGUAAAGUUUGGAGCUGAUAAAUCAGUGGUGUUUAGCUGAAGAGCUCACCAGUCUUCACCACAUUAUAAUGUAAUUUGCAUUGAUGGAAACAUAGGGGCCGUUGAGCCUUAUGGUAACUGUAAACUCAAGACACAAGGAGCAACAUUUGUAAAAUAGUACAUUUGCAAAAAAGAAAGGUGGAUUGUUUUAUUUGUUUACCAUGGGGAUCAUUACUCCCUGCGUUUUUAUGUUCAAGCUGCAUUGAUCCUUGGGUGAUUGGCUGAAACCAGUGGCUGUAGGGUCUUCACAUGAAUACUUUAGUAACAGUUUUCUUUAAGUGGACCGAAUGGCAACUAUUUACAUUGUAUCUUCAAUUUUAUUUAAAGGAGGAGUUAUCACUAUGUCUUUCUAUAUUACAUAGAAGUUACCCAGAGACCUCACAAUAGCCAAUUCUUCCACCCUCUGCAACUUGAGUUCUCAACACUUUGACCUUUUUGGGUAAGAGUGUCUAAGAAGAAAGAUUAAAUACAUUUUGAUUUCUUCAGGCACCUCAGGGAUGGGAUCCUGACUAUUUGCUUCCCUUGGUUUGAGUGAAUAAAAAAAAAUAGUGAUAGUUCCCCUUUAAGUGAAACCAGGCUCUAAAUUUGCUGUCGCUAGGUCACAUGAUGCUAAAAGCUAGCACUGUGAUUGGUGCUGCUGUCUGGUAUAGAACAGGACAUAGACCACUGUUAUAUCUAGUCUUGUGUUUAAAUAUGUUGCUACUAGGUACUGAGCAAAAUACAACAAUUUUGGUUGUUUAUUUUUUAUAAAUAAAACAAAAGUUUUAUAUGGUGCUAGAACGAUUAUACCAAAACUGUAUUAUAAGAAUAAAAAAGGAUUUUAAACCAAGGUGUGAUAUUCAUUUUAUUGUGUUGCAUGGGCUUUCAGUGGUGUGUGCUGCAUGGAGAUUACUUCUGCUGUGGCAAAAAGUAACAAGAUGCACACUAUGGUACUAAGCACUGCUAAUCAGAAUGAUUAUAAUAAACUCUGAACAAAAUUGAA